GGCCCGGGGGGGGGCGGGUGGGAGCCAGGUGAAUGUACGGCUCUCCGCGGCCAAGGGGGGCGGGCAGCAGGAGGAGGCAAAGGGUGGCGGAGGAGGAGCCCCCCAGCAACGAGCGGCGAGCCACUGACCGCGGCCUUCUGACCAGGACCGGAGCAGGGCCCCAAGCCCCCGGGCCUGGCGGGGGACGCACUUCUUCCCACACUCUGCAUCUGCAGCUCCAGCGUGAGGACCCGAGGGCUGAGAAGAGAAGAUGGGGAGCCCUGAAGAUGACUUGAUUGGCAUUCCAUUCCCAGACCACAGCAGUGAGCUGCUGAGCUGCCUCAAUGAGCAGCGCCAACUGGGCCAUCUAUGCGACCUCACCAUCAGGACGCAGGGGCUAGAGUACCGCACCCACAGGGCUGUGCUGGCCGCCUGCAGCCACUACUUCAAGAAGCUCUUCACGGAGGGUGGGGGGAGCGCGGUUAUGGGAACAGGAGGAGGUGGCGGGAUGGCUGCCGGAGGAGCAGGGGCCGGUGUGUGUGAGCUGGACUUUGUAGGGCCAGAGGCCCUGGGUGCCCUGCUUGAAUUUGCCUACACAGCCACACUGACAACCAGCAGCGCCAACAUGCCAGCCGUCCUCCAAGCUGCACGGCUAUUGGAAAUCCCCUGUGUCAUUGCUGCCUGCAUGGAGAUUCUACAAGGCAGUGGGCUAGAAGCCCCUAGCCCAGAUGAGGAUGACUGUGAGCGAGCCCGACAGUACCUGGAGGCUUUUGCCACUGCCACCACCACAGCCUCAGCUUCGGGAGUGCCCAAUGGUGAAGAUAGCCCUCCACAGGUGCCCCUCCUCCUACCGCCACCGCCACCUCGACCUGUUGCCCGCCGCAGCCGCAAGCCCCGAAAAGCUUUUCUUCAAACCAAGGGGGCCCGAGCAAACCAUCUGGUCCCUGAGCCGCCCACGGUACUCACCCAUCCCUUGACCUACGAAGAAGAAGGGGUGGUUAAUAGAGUGGGCAACACUGGGGGCAGUGGGCUUGGGGACAGCUACAGUCCUCCCGCGGGUGCUGCCUCACCUCCUGAGGGGCCCCUGAACUAUGAGGUCUGCGAGGGUGAGGAAGAGGAGGAGGAGCUGGCAUAUCCCCCAGCCUAUGGGCUAACACAGAGCAACGAGCCCUCACUAUCACCAGAGGAGUUGGGCUCAGAUGAAGACACCAUCGAUCCUGACCUGAUGGCCUACCUAAGUUCCCUGCACCAGGACGCCCUGGCACCAGGCCUGGAUGGCCAAGACAAGCUGGUGCGCAAACGCCGUUCACAGAUGCCCCAAGAGUGCCCAGUGUGUCACAAGAUAAUCCACGGAGCAGGCAAACUGCCACGCCACAUGAGGACCCAUACGGGUGAGAAGCCCUUUGCCUGUGAGGUCUGCGGCGUCCGCUUCACCAGGAAUGACAAGCUGAAGAUCCACAUGCGGAAGCACACAGGAGAGCGCCCCUAUUCGUGCCCACACUGCCCAGCCCGCUUCCUGCAUAGCUACGACCUCAAGAACCACAUGCACCUGCACACUGGGGACCGGCCCUAUGAGUGCCACCUGUGCCACAAGGCUUUCGCCAAGGAGGACCACCUGCAGCGCCAUCUCAAGGGCCAGAACUGCCUGGAGGUGCGCACCCGAAGGCGCCGCAAAGAUGAUGCGCCACCGCACUACCCGCCCCCCUCGACCACCGCCCCAUCCCCCGCUGGCCUUGACCUCUCCAAUGGCCACCUGGACACCUUCCGCCUCACUCUGGCCCGAUUCUGGGAGCAGUCAGCCCCCACAGGACCCCCAGUCACUACGCAAGGGCCCCCUGAGGAGGAGGAGGGGACACCUACCACACCACAGGCUGAAGGUGCCAUGGAGUCCUCUUAAAAGAGGGUGAAUGGCCAGGCUGGAACAGCACAGGCCUGGGAUACCAUGCCACACAAUGGGGAGCACAUAAGACAAGUGGUCAGGGAUCCUGAGCCUCGUUGGCAUCAGAAUCAACCCCCUUUUCCCCAGGAGCCUUCAUUCCAAUUCCAAGCUGAGGUUUUGGGGCACAAGCUCUCUAGAUUGGGGUGAUCACCCAAGGCGUUAUACAUGAAAUAUCUAUGUGUGUGUAUCUGUAUGUCACAGGCACUGCACACACAGUAAAGGUAGGGUCCCUGUCCCCAGCUGCUACUGGGGAAUUGAAGCAAUAAUCUAUCUUUGAUUUGUGGGGUCCCACUUCGGCUAUGCGGGUUUCUAGGAGUCUGGGGCUUGGGACCAAAGCCUGUCGCACUCCCAUGCCCCCUGGGUUUUGGUUGUGUGUGAGGGGGUGGACUGCCCCUCCCUUCCGAGACCCCUCCUUCCUGGUUUCUGUUCCCUUUUUCUGGCAGUAAAUUAUGCAAAGGGGGGUGGCAAAGGAAGGGUAAGUGGGGGUAACAUGGUAGAAGCUUGAAAGAUUGGGGUGCGGGGGGGGGGAGACUGGGCCUGUAAGGACGGAGCCAUCCCAGUUCCCCCCCUCCACCCAGUUCCAAUGCUGAGUCAUGGGGUCCUGGAGAAGGGGGCAGGGUGGCUUGAUUGGUUCGCCCGCCCCUGGGGGGUAGCAUAAGGGCUCCUCCCAGCUAAGGGAGCUCUCCACCUCUCCCCUCCCGCGUCCCGGGGCAGGGAAUGUCUUGUUCCUGGCGCUCCCUCCCUGGGGCCAGAGGGCAGGGCGGGCCGGGCGUCUUACCCUCUUCUCCUCCCCACCUCCCCGCCCAGGUGCAAGCCGGAGCCGCCUCUGCUGCUUGCUGCCCCUGACUCACGCCGCCCCCGGGCUGGCAGGCGCUGGGUGUGGGUUGGGGUGAGGGGUUGAGGUAGCCUUGCAGGGCGCGGGCAAGCCAGCGCCAUCUGGUGGCCAUGCCCUGUAAGGGCGAGCGCCCCGCAGCGACCACUUUCAGUGAACUUAUGUCACACCCAGCCAUCCUGGCCUGUGAACCCCCUUGCCAACACGGUAGCUAAGCAGCUCACUUGCCCCUGGGAAAAGUGAACUGAGGAGCAGACCUCGGGGAAAGGAGUCCGUUCCUUAGACCUUGCCCGUUGCUCUUAGGACUGAGUCCACCCCUGUUCUGUACAUAGCCUCUUCUGAUGGUCUUGUUGAAAUCCAAUUUCACAUUUUAAACUACCAAUUCUCCUGGGGUGGAGAAGAAUCUUCACCCUACCCCUUCCUCGCUGGGUGCUGGACCCCCAUUGCGGCCUGGGCUCUGCCUUGCACUAUUCCCCUACCCCCUUUGGCCUGGUGGCCCUUCCCCCUCCUUAAAAGGGGCAGGUUCAGGGGCCCGGUGCUCUCCUCUCCCCAUGCACCUCCAUGCCCAUUUGCACAGCUGCCCAGGUACCCCCAAUAGUGGGGAGGGGUCAGACAGGGAGGGGUGGCGGGACCAGUCCCUGUAUCUAUUUAAAAAGUGAUGAUGUAAUAUAUUAGAAGGGAGGUCAGGAGCCCUGGGCCUCAUCUUAGCAUUUCAGGUGAUAGGGGAGCCCAGGGCUGGAGAAACCUGGGGCUUAGUCCCAGAGAGUGGGGACACUGUGACUUCCACUCUCUCUACUUGCGGCUUUCCCACUCAGUGCCUUAGUGGGGGAAAGCGUUUCCCCCCUCCCCCAUCCCCCUCAUCUCCCCCUACCCCCACCUCGGGUGUAAGUGAUGGAAGAAAGAAUAAUAAUUUAAGAUUCA